GCGAUUGCCGGGAAAAGAAAUGUGGGCGAUUACGAGAGUGAUAAGCCGGCGAAUCCAUGGAACAAGUGAUAUUACUGUUCCCAAACUCGCCGGAUUCUCUAUUGUAUCUCCCAAACACGUUGAGGUAGAGUAUUCAGAUGGAACAAAGUUCAAUUUUUCAUCGGAGUUUUUGAGGAUUCAUAGUCCAGCUGCUGAUGGAAAAGUCAGAUCAAUCGGUGGUGAAAGGGUGAUAUCUGGAAGGCGGUAUGUAGGAAUCAUGUCUGCAGAACCGGUUGGCAACUAUGGGGUGAGGUUAGUGUUUGAUGACUUGCAUAGAACAGGGAUAUAUCCAUGGGAUUAUUUCUAUGAGCUUGGGAGCAAUAAGUUUGGUCUGAUGAGAAGCUAUAUCAAGACUCUUCAAAAGCAUAAUCUCAGCCGUGAACCUCCUCCUUCAAGAAAGAGAUGAUUCUGAUGAUCAAAAUGUUUAACUUUGUUCACAGUGUUUGAUAGAUUCUUCUUGUGCAGAGAAUCCUCUAGUCUUGUUUCGAAGUUACGGUUAUUGCUUUUUGAUGUUGUUGUUUGCCUUUAAUUAUUCAGUUACUAUUGUUGUUGAUAUUAGUGUUGAAUGCUCUAUAAGUUGUCUUUAGAGAACAUCAUAUUAAUCAAAACCUACAUUUGUA